GAAUCAAAUCAAAUUUUUAGGAGACACAUUAACACGAUGACAGUGGACACUGCUGUCUCCAGUGCGUCAGCUGGCGCCCUGCGGCCCGUUCUCUUUGUGUUCUACACCCUGGAGAAUGUGUUCAACAUGUUCUGCAUGGCCUAUCACAUCACUGGGUUCAUGGCCAUCGAUCUGAAGAUAUUCCCGGUGGAGAAGCAGAUGUUGCAGUACUGCUACAUGUGCUCCUUCUACGUCUUCAUGGUUUUGACCCUCUUCCAGAGCAUCAGCGUCUGCACGGGCCACUCGCCUACCGUCUGCAUGGAGAUCAUCAAGUCCUCGGCCGCCGCCAGCGCCUUCACCCUGAUCUCGAUAACCACCAUGUGGGAUGCAGAGCACGACUUCCAUCUGAUGUUUACGGGCGAGGAGUCCCCCGAGGGGGAGGCAGAGUACCAUGUGGACGAACCCAUCCACCCCUUCUUCCACUACAUGCGCAGCCAGUCCAUUGCCUCGCUCACCUGCGGCAUCCUGUACAUGCUGCAUGCCAUUUUAAUGAUCGACGUCAAGAUCACCACGUACUACAACGGCAAGAGCGGCGAGGACGAGUACGAGUACCUGCCCAUCCCACUGUAUGUGUUUGGCCGCUGGAUCCACGGUAUGCUGGAGAAGUACGAAUGGUUCUUGGAGUUCUGCACCAACACACAAAUCAAUGUAUAGACAUAUAUUUAGAUGCUGCAUGUCGCUUGACGUUGUACUCCAUGGUAUAUAAAAUUAAUGUUGAGU